CUCAUGAUUCUUCUGACAAGGCACCUACAUCUGCUCAAACUAAUGCUAUGGAAGAUCCACCCAAUGAGGCAUCUGCUGCAUUACAUCAGAUGGAGAGAAUGUUGAAAUCCCUGAAGGAGAGACUGGAGCAUUUACAGGUAUUAGCUUUUAACUUAUCCUUCUCAUUGCACUUAAUCUAUUUUCUCAAAUCCAUGUAUCCCUUAAUACAUAGUUUAUUAUCCAUCAAUCCUCAUACUCAUCUUCACAUUUACAACCUUUAUCCCUUCAUUUUUUAAUUUGUCCAAAAUGCUGACCAGCCAGCAAUUAUUGUAAGCAUUUUUAUUCGUGUUCCAUCAGAUUCUUCAUUUAAUCAUCUCUUCUUCCUUGUUCUGCUUUACAUGAUCAAAGCAAACAAUUCUAAAGAACGCUAUUACCUUCUCUUUAAAAGCUAAAUACCUCCCCACACACUCAAUUUUCUACCAGAAUUAGCUACUCACAACAAAUCUUCCUGCUGCUUCUUCUAAUCUGUCUAAAGUGCCUACCUACCAUAGUGUUAUUCUGGAAAAUAUAUGGGGUGAAGGGGGAUUUUAAACAUAAUUAUUUAGCCUCCCUUGCACUAUCAAUAGCAACUCUUGGUUGAGAAAAUCAAUAUCCAACGAAUGAAAGGCAGCAAUGAAGAAAAUGGUGGGAGUCACUUUACAGAGGGAGAUGGACGCCGAGGGAUUAAAAAAAAAAUACAGAUGGGAUGGAAGGAGGGGUAGCUUUCAAGAGGGAAAGGUAUCGAGAACUCUAGUAAAUGGUGUUUGUAUAAACUAGACUUUACUAUAUUUUCUUUCUUUCCCUUAAGUCAAUUAAUUUUUAAUUAAUUUAAUUUUUUAUUCCUUGCUUUGUAAUUGUCAUAACUUUGCUUACCUAAAAAUGAAGAAACAUGAUGGAUGUACACACACACACACACACACACUCUCUCUCUCUCUCUCUUUUUCACUCAUUCACACAUAUUUGCACACACAUGCACAGGGUGUAAGAUGCUUGGGUUCAAUUCUGAUUUUGUUGAAGCUUUAGAUAGAGCAAAGUUAUUCAAGAUUAACUUUUUGUGCAUAGAGUGGCUAUUGCAAAACUAGUAAAAGUCCCUCCUUUUAGCAGAACUUCUUUCUGGAGCUCCAGGAGGUUCUUUGUUCUGUGGCAGGUUUAGUCCAGGAAAGUGGCUAAAUUUAGCAUCCUCUACAUACUUGCAAUGGAAGGAAGACCCAUUGGGCUGAAGAAGACUAAACAGACGAGCACAUGACUGCAUUGCAAAUGGGUUAAAUGGCACUAUUAAUGGGAAUCUCAUUUCAGGCAAGAAGAAAACAUACAAUUAUUUGCAAAUACAAUCUAAAAUUCAGCUUGGCCAACAUACAGGGAGUCAGGAAUUGGACCAAAUGCUUAAUAAUGGCUUUCAGAUGGACUUUUAAGGAAGGGAGAGAGGCAGCACAUUACAAGUGGUCUAAGAAAGGUUUAGAGAAAUGGCAGAAUUUUAUUAACAUGAGCAUUUGCCCUGAAUUCUUCAGCACAAUUGGAAUAGUUCAACCUUCUCCACAUCCAUGUGGAAUACUCUUCAGGAAAAGAUCAGCUUGUUGGAGCACCAGAUCCAUGAGAAAUCCAACACUUCAGAACAUCAGACUCCCAGCAUACCAAAAGCAACAGGGAUGAGACAAAGGCAUGGUUCACAUGGACGCACGGUGGAGAAAGGGAACAAGGCAGAUAAGCAUUCCGAACAUUUUCAUGUGGAUUUCCCUCUUCGCACAAACUACAUGUAUAUCAAGAUCAAGCGCACUCUGCAACAUGAAAUCUUUGCCUUUUCCAUCUGUCUCUGGCUCAAGUCAACUUCAUCCCCAGGGAUAGGCACACCUUUCUCCUACUCAGUGCCCAACCAAGCUAAUGAAGUGGUGCUUAUUCAAUGGGGAAAUAACCCAAUGGAGUUGCUCAUCAAUGAUAAGGUUGCCACUUUGCCAUUGGCAGUUAAUGAUGCCAAAUGGCAUCACAUCUGUGUGACAUGGUCAACUCGGCACGGCAUCUGGAAAUCUUACCAAGAUGGUGUCCAAAGAGGGACUGGGGAGAACCUGGCUCCUUGGCAUCCUGUGAAACCUGGCGGUGUUUUCAUACUAGGCCAGGAGCAGGAUACUCUUGGUGGCCGCUUUGAUGCCACUCAAGCUUUCAUUGGGGAAAUGUCAGAUUUCAACAUGUGGAGCUAUAUUGUGACACCUGCUGAAAUUUACAAGAUGGCGACCUGCAGUAGCUCCAUUGGUGGUGAUCUUAUCAAUUGGACUGAAAACACUAUAGAACUUCAUAGAGGAGUGAUCAAACUACCAUAUAAUGCCUGCCACUAAGAAUCAACCAAAUAAACAUGGACAUAAUAUUCUCUGGGAGAGAAAGAUACUUAAUGGUUAAAGGCAAAGCAUGGGAGGACUUUAAGAUUUAUUUCAUACAGUGGUAGGAAGGGUUGGGAAAUCAAAAUUUCCAGGUUCCUCGACAAAACAAUGUGGGCUUUUGUGUUUGGCACAUGUGCAACAAAAAGAAAGUGGUUUUGUAUGCAGGCAGGAAAAUCUUAAGAUCCAGAAAUAUCGUGAAGUAUAAUUUGGAAUAUACGUUUUAUGAAGAUGAGCAAUUUUCAAAAUAAGAAACAUUUCCACACAUGAUAAACCUGUACUGUGUAUUGGGAUUUUCUUAAUGUAGGAGCAGGAGCAAAAAAAAUAAAAAAAUAAAGUUCCUCAUGAAGACAAUAUGUCCAAUAGGACACUUCAUUUUCAAGGCCUUGAUAUAUAACACUGGUCCAUUAGGAAGAUAUUUAUGAUAGAUCAAAAUCUUAUUUUUGACUAGUAGUUUUCUACUUUUGGGAUAUUCAAUGAAGGAACGGGAAAAAGGAUUUGUUAAUAUUUUUUUCCAGAAUCUUUUUCCUGAAUGUUCUUUCUUUAAAGAAAUAGAUGAACACCUUACCAGAUAAAUUGGUUGGAUGAUGCCCAACUAUUAUCUGUUUUAAAUUUUUUUAUAUUAUGUAUUUUAUUUAUUGCAAGAUUUCUAGAGUCAUAUAGGUGAGAUGAGCACUAUAAUAAUCAAUCUAUCAAAUUCUCAAAGAUUUUCAAAAAUUCAUUCAUUAAUCUUCUACCAUGUAAGUUCUACACACCAGAAUGGCUCAUGAGGACAAUAAAAAUGUCAAUGGCUUUUUUAUAGAUUAUACAUAUGACUAAAAAAAUCUCAGCAUUUCUGUUCAGAUAUUUUCUACCAGCUUAGUAGACAUUUAGCUUCUUCUCAGGAAAUCAUUGCCAAAAACCCAGUCAGGUCUAGAGGAAGGGUGUGAAACAUUGUACAUUAAUCUCUUAGUAUCUAAGUUAUAUUUUUCUGAGUUCACCAUUUUUCUGCCUCUCUUUCCAUUCCCCCUACCCUUCAUUGAUUUAAAUAGUAUUUAUGUACUGUAUAUAUCUCUUUUAAAUUUGAAUAAAGCCAUGCUUGAAAAAAAAUGUUCCAACCGUGAAUCAACUAAUAUAACCUGGAUAUAGAUCUGCACCUGGACUGAACCAUAAUUGGAGCCCAUGUUAACCAGCUCUAGAAGCCAUGUCAGAUUUUGCAAGUAUCAUAAAGUGCUAUUAUGCAUCAUUGUGAAAACCAUGUUGGCCAGCAUUCUUCUGUAUCACAGCAAAAAUAGUUGUAUAAUACUUGUGUUAGAUGUUGAGCCCAAUCUAUGUUAAAGGUGACUGAAGAAGCCCUGGAGACCUAUGAAAACGGAAAGGAUGAGUUAGGGUCAAUACAGCACAAUUCAUAUUGCACAAAGGAAUAUAACAUCAUUUGUGCAAACUGAUGUCAAGGCUCAAAAUUUUUGGAAGUCAUGUAGAAAUCUGUGCUGAAUACAUAGAGCUUCUUGAUAUGCAGGAGUGGGUGGGUGGGUAGAGCAUUUCUGUGGUGUUGUUUUCAGCACUAUAUAUAGAGGACAAAGACAAAGGUUCAUUGAGGAAUAUCUAAAUCCUUGAAAGGAAGAACAAAUAUAUCCAGUAUUCAGUGUGGAUAUUCCUAGGUGAUGUCUGAAUUCUCCUUGCACUACAAUUUUGAUCAGCACCUGAUCAGUGCCUAAACUUGCUAAGAAUAUGCUAUAAAAAAUAACUGUUAUAAAAUUAUCAGCUUUAGUUUUGCAGCAGCAGCAGUAAAAAUGCCAGAGCAAAAUUUUAGUUAAAAAAAGAAGCAAUAAAGCCUCCAAAUGCUACAGAACUAGUUUAUCUUGAGGCCGGUAUUUUAAUAAAGAUGACCAUCUAAGGUAGGGGAAACAAAUAAUGUAAACCAUUAAAUCCAGUCUAAAUUAAUUGCACUGCUGAGCAACUGAUCAUAGCAAUCCUCCGUAUUAUAUCUGUUCUAGAUUAAAAUGGAGGGGAUCUAAAAAGUUUGGUUUUGGAGAGGAGCAAGAUAAAAACUAGACAUAGCAUACAACACCAAAUUUCUAUUGCAUAUUUAUACAGAUGUGUAGAAGCACACAAUCUUUUUAGCCUAUAAUUCCAUAUUGUAGAUUUUGCUUGCAAAUAACAGGUGCCCUGCCUCACUUUGAGAGAAUGUAGUUAUUUUAUUCAAGGAUGGGGGUGCAUAAUUUUAAUUGUCUUGAAUUUUCUUAUAGCAACCAGAUGCAAUAAACUUGCCAAAGAAACUACAAACCUUCUCCACGUGUCUUUCUUCUUACUAUUUAUAAGUACCCUAGCUACUAGUAUAGUACCACAUCCCACAUGCCCCCAAAACAGCCUAUUUUUAGGAGAGUAAGCUCAUGGUCUAGUUAAUGAUGUGGAUUUAAAAUUGUUGUCCUCAGAGCAUUGCCUACUUGGAAUUCUCGGAGAUGCAGUUCCAUUCCCAAGUUGUCUGGAGGG